UUUCUUUCCUUUUUACUUAUUCAGGUCAUUCUAAAAGACAUGAAUUUGAAAUUUGAAAUGAAGGGUAGUGUCAAUGGACAUUACUUUGAGAUCGAAGGUGAAGGAAAAGGAAAGCCUUACGAGUAAGUGACUCUUAAAAGACAGACCACGAUGAAUUAUUUCAUUAUCAUGUAUUGAGAUUUAUUUUUAAACACAGAGUUGAUAAGAUCACAUUGCAGUUGUCACAUAGGGGCCUGAUAUCAAAGUAUAAAUGAUUUUGGGAAAUUAUCAAAAAUGAAUAAGGACUUUUUUGAAAAGCAAAUUGAACGAGAUUAAAGAUUCAUAUGAAGAUUUUCAGCAAAAACUAUGUCUUGUUUUUAUUCGAGUUUGCAAAUUACCCACGGUCUAUGACAGCAACUUUUUCAUCAGCUCCCAUGAUCAGGCGAGGUGUAAUGGCUGCUGCAGAGCUCAGUCACAGCUAAAUUCAUUUGUGAUACAAAUUACCAACAGUCUAUGACAUCGACCGAUUCUUCAUCUGCUUUCAGAACCAAGCGAAGUGUAAGGCUACUUCAAAUCAUCGUAUAAAAGCUCAUUCACAGCUAAAUUUAUUUGCGAUACUUUUUUAGGUCAUGCAUGAGCUGUUUCUGAAAAUAAUUUCCAACACUUUUAUCAUCUUAUUUUAGAGGAGUACAGAAGUCCACUUUUUGGGUCACCAAGGGAGGACCCCUUCCAUUUUCCUUUGACAUACUGUCGACAGUGUUCAAAUAUGGAAACAGAUGCUUUACUAAGUAUCCUGCCGACAUGCCUGACUAUUUCAAACAAGCAUUUCCUGCUGGAAUGUCAUUUGAAAGGACAUUUACAUAUGAGGAUGGAGGAGUUGCUACAGCCAGUGGACACAUUUGGUAUAAAAGUGAUGAUUAGGAUCGGAUUGACACAAUAAUCUUUAAAAUUGAUCUUCAAGGUUCUUUUUUACACGGAGAAGGGAGCGCCCUCUUUGAAAGUGUAACUUAGUUGUGAUUCUCCCGAGAACGUUUCUUGUUUAGCUACAGGGGAACAAACAUACACAAAAGGCAUAAUGACCAGAGAAUAUGCAGACUGCUAAAUUUUGAAAUAGGCAUCUGUGAGAAAAUGGGUUAAGCUUGAAAAGUGUCGUAGCAUUAUUCUACAGAGUACAUUGCACUCUAGGUAUGUGACACAGUUACAAGAGUAAUUUUACGUAUUUUAAUUGAUAUCUCAAAUUUUCUUAAUUAUACAGUCUUGAGGGAAAUUGGUUUAAGCACAUAUCCAUGUUUCAUGGCGUUAACUUUCCCGCUAACGGACCCAUAAUGCAAAAGAGGACAAUUGGCUGGGACCCUUCCUUUCAGAAAAUGACUGUCUCCAACAACAUAUUGAGAGGUGAUGUAACUAUGUUCCUACAACUCAAAGGAGGCGGUUAUCACAGUUGCCAGUUUCACACUUCUUACAAGUAAGUAUUCUGUCUCUGAAACAGCUCCAACGGUUGAAUAUCAUUCCUUUUGAGCAUUUGGGUCUCAUCUUCUGUGUUUUACGGGAUAAAAGCAACCGAAGAGAACCCUGAGAUGAAAAAGGCCAUGAGAAAACGGCUUAAUACUAAUUUCCCUUGUCGAUAAAAUAUUUGGGAUGGAAUUAGAUUCUCCACAAGAUACUCAGAGUUAUCUAUCAUAAUAUCCUUUAAAGCUAGAACGUUCCCUUCCCUGUAUUUCUUAGUAAAAGAUGUUCGGGGGAAAAUAGUCAUUAUUUAUACAAGUAAUUGCUGAACUUCACUGUGCCAAAAGCAAAGUUCAAAAGCAUUGAUGUUCAUAAAACAAAUGAAAAACCCAACGCUGAUAGGUAACGUAAAACACAUAUUUUGUAUUUUUAUAAGUAUUUUUUUCCUUUUGCACAGAACAAAGGAGCCGGUCACGCUGCCUCAGAACCACGUCGUAGAACAUCACAUUGUGAGGACCGACAUUGAAGACAAAAAGGUCCUGCUGGAAGAAACUGCUGUGGCUCAUGUUAACCCAUUGUAACUGGGAUGGAACUAUUUUAAUCACCUCAUUACCUCCGACGUUAUUGUAAUACGAAUCAGGUCGGUUGAAAAAUAAAAAAAAGCAUUGAUGAUCAAUUGUGUAAUUGUCCUUCUCCCUAGUUAAUGGCAUUAAGCGAGCCAACUGUUCAUCCUUAAUAUAAAAUUGAAGCAUGAAUUUUGAGAAACUGUGACUUUCGCACAAAAAUAAACAACUCAGAACCUACAGAGUGAUUUACAUUAACUGAAUCCCUAAUAGCAGCAACUGAUUUACAUCUCUGUUUUCGACUCGUGGUGGUAAAGUUCAGAAUACAUCAUAACUCCCAUACUUUCCGCAGUCAGUUCUUACCAACAUGAUGCAAGUUUAAAGCGAACGAAAAGAGUUAGAUACCCGUGAAUACCCAAAAUAUAAAAGAGGAAAUACUGAGGAAGCCAAAUAGACGCUACGCUUCUACUUCCUUUUUUUACAUUUAGUUCGUUUAAGCAAAAAAAGCAGCGGUUAGGAACUGAAAUUAGAUGUACACAAGCUACAAAGAGUUAAGACUGCUCAGAAUGUUACUCAAAUACCACUUUUCCUUUGCAUACUUAUUGAAAUACCCUGAAUUAUGGGUUAUAUGCGAAUUCAAAAUGUACACUGCAACUGGUUAGCGAAAAAUGUUACAUGAGUACAUAUCGAAGUGAUUUCUGGCCGGCACCCCGCUAAUACGAGGCACCAAUUUGUGGUAUCAAGGGAAAGCAGUGCCACAAGUACGAGCGUUGCCUUUAUCUUUUUCACUGUAGGAGAGCACCUAAUGGAGUGGACAUAUAGUAUCGGCAGCAAUAUUCCUUGCUUUUUUCCGGGAUCGGGCGAAAUAAUCCCCCUCCUUCAUAAGGGCCGUUCAGCCGACUUCCACAGCAGUGACCAAGUAGACUGAAUGUUUUAGAUGUAAAGAGGGCUUUUCACCAGUCUUCAUCCUCAUUGGACUAGCCUUACAUUAUCUCCUACCUGGUGAACUAACUUCAAUGCCAAAGUUAAAAGAUAACUCCUUGAAUGUGAUUUGAUCAGAACAAGUGCGUUUGAAUGGGCUUGACCACAAAACCAUUUCUAUAUUAAAGAGACAGUAAACGAUUUCAUGUCAUUUGAAGAAAUAGUUGAAAAAAACAGAUCGAUUUUUCUGUAAUCCGAUUUAAUAUACAAUGAAUAAUGUUUCUGCUUAGAUCAACCGAGAAGGUUGACUAGAAUACUGAAAUUAGUAUGGAAAAAAUAAUGGCAUUGGGCUUUUCAAAACUGUUUUGACGAAAUAUUUAUCAGUUCUGUUAUUCUAUUACACAAAUUUUCAAAGCUACACAGCCUUUGCUAAAAAGAGAAAAAGUGGGAAAGGGAACAAUUUCACGUCACUUGAAAAGAUAGAUUGAAAAAACUGAUUGAUAUUCUCUCCUUAUUCAUCUGAGAUCCGAUUUAAUAUAAGUAAAAGAUUUCUUCGGUGACUGCCGUUCACCUUUUGAAAGACCGUUUUGACGCAAUUAUUAUCAGUUCUGAUGUUCUAUUACACAAAUUAUCAAAACUGCACAUCGUAAACCUUUGGCUUUAACUAAGGCGCUAAAGAAUUUCAAAUGUAUUCAACAAUUGCUAAAGCGAUCGGUCCUUUCAAGCUAGAAUACUCGUAUUCCGUUGAGUUAAAUCGCCUGCUUUUGUAAAAACUGAUUAAAGCGUCGCAUGGAGAGGGCAAAGUUCACAAUCAAAAAUAAAAACUGCUUUCCAUCUAAAGGGAAUAUUUGUAACCCUUCACGGGAAAACAGGGAAUAAGGUACAAGAACGCGUGCAAUGACACGACACGCUAAGCGAGUCACCAAUCUCACGGAUAUGCGCAUAUUUUAUGGCAUAUUCUUUAAGCCUCCCAGCUAGUGUGCUAAGUGUCACGCUUAACGUGCGAUAUGACUCGAGUGCGAAAAGACGAAGGUCAUGCUAUAGUCUUUUCCCUAAGUGUAACCCUUUUAUUAGUGUUCAUUUUGAGUUCAUUUCCUUUUUUUUGCGUCGUAAACAACUCCAUCUUGGGUUUCUACAUGGUUUCGCCAUGCAUUGCAACUCUAAGAAGGUGGUGCUCAAAAGAGAUGUACUGUCAUGAUUGUGAAGAAAUAUUCAGUAAAAAGGGAAAAAACGACAACGGUUUCCAAAUUAUAUGAAAUUAUGAAGAAAAACGAGAGGUACUGAAGUCUAGUGGCACAACACGAAAUAACAGCGGCACGAAUCACAGAAAAAAAACUAAUGUAGUGGGACAAGAGACUGAAAUAGAAUUUACCGAGUAAAAGCGCUAGGUCAUUUUAACUACAAUACUCGUUGCAUGUGCAUCUUGAGGCCUGCUCUACGGAAAGUAACAUGAUGUACAUAAACGGUCGUAUGCAGCGAAGGAACAGCAAAAAUGUUUAAUUUUGUAGUGUAAUAUAGGUCUGGGGCGGUAUUCUUUUUUCCCUUUUUUACGGUUGAUAAAAGGAUUGAUUAUUCAGACAAGAUAAACAUCGGCUUCAUUGAAAUCAAACGACUGGUUUCAAAAUUUAAACAAAUAUAUAUAUAUAGUCGACCCUAAUUGACAGUGGCGCUCAAGGGCAACUUGUUGUUUGACAGUUCAAAAGUGUUCUCAGGGUCUCGGGGCAGACCCCAAAAUCUAUUCAGCAGAUCCUGAUAUAAGUAUUUUUCCCUUCUACAGAAUUCAGUUUUGACUUCUGAGUGCCGCGGAAUUGCCGUCUGCAUGCGACUUUUAAAUCAGUUUUCAGAAACAAGCGAUCCAAACUCGACAAUGAACAUUGCUCUGGGGCCAAAUAUUAUUUGACAGUUCAAAGCGCAAAAGUUAGUCGUUACGAAACCUCGUAAGCAGCCCUCAUGGGUCCUCUCUAUUAAACCCUUACUACUGGUAGUAUUAUAGAGAGAUGACACUUGUUGCCCCUGAAUGGGGAAGAUCAGCAUGCAUUCAAAACAUUGUAGAGCCUUCGAUGCGAUGAGUCAGUAAACAGUCCUAUAGAGGACGUUUACAUCGGUAAAAGUGAUGUUUGCGUAAGUAAAGCUUCAAUGUCUACUUAAAUUUCUUUUUUCGCCAGGAUGAUUGAAAGAUGCACACCCUCGCUUGCUGAGCCGCUAUGUGAAAUUCCUUUGCCUAUCGCUUUACGCGUCAAUCGGCAUUUCUCGUUUUCCUUUUCAAUUGAAUAAUGCAAGCAUGGGCGGCAUUUGAUGGUAGUCAUAUCGAUUAAGAUUGCACACCCUUGAAUACUACGAAAAAAGGAUGAAAUGCGCAGCAUUUAACAGUCUCAACAACGUUGCUUCAAUUGAAAAUCAAAAUGUAGCUUUUGAAAGCAGUAGACUCAUACUGAGAGGAAUUAGGAUGGGGCAAAAAAUUUAGAUAAAUGUGAAUUCUGUAAAAUUCCUUUAAUAUCAAUCCUCCUUAACACUCCAGUCAGUUCAGCCUGGUUGGCGACGGAAUGAACUACAGCAGACUAUUUCGACGCAAAAUCCAGUUUUGAAAAUCAAGUAGUCUAUCCUCAAAACGCCUCUUUCAAAGCAGGUUAGUGAAUUCUUGAAGCUAAUUAAAGAGAGUCGAAUGUUCCUCGGUAACAAAGAAUAAGGCAAAAUCGUCCGAACGCAAAUUGGUAUGCCACACCCAAAACAUGCUCCUUAAACGUUAUCACCUUACACUAAAAUCAAGUAAAGCUAUGAUUGCCGCAAGCUAGCUGCAAUUUUAGUAAUUGCACAAAAGAAGCUUGAAAAAAAUAGACUUCCACAAGAUUAAAAUCUGUGCCUCUCAGAUACUAGUUAGGCGCUGCUACUAAGCUACUAACCAACUAGGAAUCUUUUUAAUAAUUUUUCUUUCCCGUUAAGAAAUCUGAGCCCCCUCUGCCUGUCAGUGGCGGUUAAUUUGCAGUCAAUUUUGUAUAGCUCCACCUUUAUGCCCUGUUUCCCCCGUCCUGAUAAUAUGUUAAGACUUGCCCCCGAGUAGAUGAACCCUUCUCAGUAAUGACACCACGCAAACAAAAAUUUCACGAGACAAAAAUUAAUGAUAGACUAUAUUUGAUCGCUUUUGACAGAAAAAUACCGUCGUAGUGUGUCGCUAUACUAGCUAAUUAACCUGUCUUCACGUAUCAGUUAUGGCUCAUUUAAUUCAUUUUGCAUGUUCUCAAGCUUCAAACUCACCUUUCAGUUUAAUUCAGUGCAGUGUUUAUUUCUAAUUCAGUGAAAUAUCGCAGCUCAUGGAAAUAUUUUGAAAGAAAGUCAAAGAGUAGGACAAUUAUAAAUAGAGCCAAAUGGUGUCAUAGUUAAUUUCAUAGGGCGUAAACUAUAUAUUAAUUUACAGAUAGUGAGCAAGUUAUCCACUGGAAAAUUAAAAUGCCAGCUUAGGUUUAUGAAUUAUUAGUGUCGGCAGAAAAUAGUCGUUUCUUUGCUAUUUUUCAUUCUAAAAGACAUGAAUAUGAAAUACGAAAUGAAGGGUAGUGUCCAUGGACAUGACUUUAAGAUCAUAGCUGGAGGAAAAGGAAGGCCUUAUGAAUAAGUGUCUGUAAAAAGACAGACAACGAUGAAUUAUUUCAUUACUGUGCAUUCAAAUUUAUUGUUUAAAAAUAUGGAUAAGAUCAUAGCGGAGCUUGCAGCGCAAGCAGCGUAGCCUCUUAAUUAUACGAAAUAAUAGUAACCCAUCAAGCCGAGAAAAUUUGGACUUACGACUGUACGCCCGAGCGUACAAGGUGCUACUUUUAGCAUGCGCGGUCAACUGCAUUUCUUAGCCAUUACCUAAUCGAAGGGCGCGGGAGAAGAUAAUGCGCAGGUGCGAUUGGGUGCGUAACUUGGAUACCCGAUUAGUGUGCGCUAGGAAACACCGACAGUUUGCAAUGCGAUAUGGAUUUUCUAACUCUGUUCCUUGGCCACGCCAACUCUGCUGUGAACCCGUACAUUUACGUCAUUUUCAACGAGAACUAUAGAAGAGGAUUCAGGACUGCGCUAUCCCGGCGUCGCCGUGGAAGCAGUCGCGAGCUGUCGCGUAGCACAACUCGAAGAACCAAGUCCACAAGACUACAAGAGAAAGAAGCCAACCUAUUACACGACGAUUCACGACAAAAAAAAAGCUGUACUGCGAGCUUUUAAAAGACAAAACUCAGAAAUAUUAUUGCCAAUGACAACGACAACGGAAAAUCUUUAAUUGAGGAAAGAAGGAAGGAGGAAAUUGACUUAGUGGGAGUAAUAUUAUUGUCGCUAUUUUGGAGAGAUAGGAAAAAAAAAGUGGAAAAUACGAUUAACUCCUUAAAGAAAGAUAAGACCUCGUCGAAUUCAAUAUCCGCUUUGUUUUGGAAAAAAAAAAAGAUCUAAUUAAUUUUUUGUAAAUGUCAACUCAUUAUUCCAACAGCGAUAAUAAGUCAUUCUCAUUUCAUUGCGAUAGUUACGUAAUGGUAAGAACACUUCCUCCUCUUUGACUGCCAACUUUUUAAAUUGAUUGAUAGAUAAACUGUGUCAUAUUUUGAAAUGUUUUUACUCAGAAGUGUAAUAAAAAUUCAAAGAUGAGAAGCACAGGUAUUAACGCCAAGUGUCUUUCUUCCUUUUGAUUUUUUGCGCAGAAGGAAAUGAUUUUCAAAGGACUUGUUUUCGCGAUUGACAAUUUUUUGUCGAGUAAAGAGUUACGUUUGGAUGCGUUUUUAACAUGUUUGCCUAUAUUCAAAGAUGUUUCUUCUCAUUCGUUUACUUUUGCCCUGACAUCCUUGCUCGAUACCUCCCCAAUGUCAUUAGCUACUGUCCUUCCCAAGAAAAAUCAAUAGCGGUGAGAUGGUGCAUAUGUGCAACGCGUGUACUCAUCAACGACAAGAUAAGAUGUGGAAGGAAUUCGGACUUAAAGAUGUGUUUUUCAUCUUUUGUGCGAUGAGCUUUUCUUAAUAUUAGUUUUUAUUCAACAGUUGACCACGAAUGGCUUUAUCUAACACAGCCGAACAACUGCAGGUCGGAGAAUAACAAGAAAUUACAUAGAGGAAUGAAUAUCAGGUGUAAAUGAAGUUGACAUUUUAAAAAUCAUAUUCUAUAAUCUCGAGCUCCUGGAUAGUUCAACAAAUUUUAUUUCCUCUGCACCCCUUUCUUCGACAAGCAAAGGAAACCAUCUGGUGUUGAGUAAAUCUUAAUAAAUCAUUUUUCAGUAUCACAUAAAAGUGUUGCGAGCUAAAGAAGUGACUCGGAGCGAUCAUAGUUUGUAAAAGCUUCUGUAACCACAGGCGGCCCAAGCUCCAGCUGUGAGAUGAUCAUCUUGCGCAAGAAAAGUCACGGCGGAAUUAUUGGGUUAGGGUUAGGGUUUAUUUACGACCGUUCUAUGGAAUUAUAAAAUACGUCGAAUUCUCAGUAAAAAUACCUCACCUUACUUCCACAACGUAUCACUUGUUGUCUGACCACUUACUUUGAUAAAAAGAACCCAUUUUAGCGAGUUGUCCAUUUCGAGGUUUUCCACGUAUAUGUACAUGUACGUACAUGAAGAUUUCCAGAAGCAAGCCAGCGGAACGAAAAUUCGGGAAGCAGGUCGGUCCGCAAAAACGGACUCUCUAAAAAAGGUAUGUAUUUAUAGCGGAGCUCGCAGAGCGUAGCCCCAUAAUUAUACAGAAUAGUAAAAACCCAUCAAGCCGAAAAAAUUUGGACGUACGACCGUACGACCGCACAAGGUGCUACUUUUAACAUGCGUGGUCAGCUGUACCGCGGACACGCCAACGCCAUGGCUUUUUCCAGUAGUCCAGUGUUCAGUGCACUGGGCUCCGAGUUGGACGACCCGGGUUCUAGUCCUGGCCGGGGCAAGGCGUUGUGCCCUUGAAACGUGCGGGAAAAAAAAUGCGAGCUCCGCUUUUAGGCUUGGCUAAAUCUAUAUAUUACGGUCGUUAUAAGCUGUAUUUGAUCUCGCUGUAAACAAGCCAAAAACUCGAAUUAAAUUUGCUCCUUGCGUUACUUUUAGACGAUAACAAACGCUUGCCAUAGAUCGGACCUGUCAGUCCCAACCUUUAUUUUCUACGUAUUGAAAGCCUCCUCUGAGAUAUUCCUGAUGCUUGAGCAAUUUCUCAUCUGCAACAGCUUUCUUAUUUCCUCUCGAUUUAUCUUUUGACCAUCUGCAUCCAAACUCAAGUCAUGCUUUUUGGAAAUUGCAUCUCCUUUUGCAAUACACGUAUUAUGAAGAACCAUGCAUGUCAAUGUAGUAAUGCUGGCAUUAUCUUGACUGCUUUCAUUCUUUCGAAGUAGCACCCUCCACCUACCCUUGAUUUACCCAUAAGCACCCUCCGUAACCAUACGGGCUCUGCUUAAUUAAACGGUAAUUAAAGUUACGUUGCUUUUUUUAUAAAAAAAAAAAAAAAGUUACGUUGCUGGGGUGUCAGAACUGCAUUGGUGUAUGAUUUCAUUAAACAUGUGCGCAGAGGGAAUGCAGAGUCUCCUACUAUAGGUGGUGGGACAGUAACAUUGCCUACAGUUUUUCCAAUUACAGGAAUAACGCCUUCUUGGAUGCGGGUCCAAAGGUCAGUGGAUCUAAAUAUGACUGCAUCGUGAGAAUUCCCUGGAAACCCACAGCUGCCCCACACCAAUCUCACCGCGCAGAAUGGUUUUGUCUCUCGCGACAGGUACUUACAGUGUCCAGUUUAUCAACGAGCGGAAUAUCAAUUUGCAUGUCUUGAACUUAUCGGCUGUGAUUAGUCAACAAAUUUAGCUUUGGGAAUACUUGAGUCGCACUGCAGAUUUCAGCUGCUGUCAAUCAAACGGUUUGGUGCGUGAUGUCAGUCCCCAAGGUGCGAUAGAGUUAACAUUAGCACACUAAUUAAGAGAGUGUCUCUGUAAGAGCGGUCCGGUCGAUUUUGCUUGAGACACGGAUUUCGCUCGUUUCUCGUGUGUUGUAAGACAUUCAUCUACCUAUACUAAAACCACAAUCAGUUUGAUCGGAUCUCUUUAUUUUUCAGAGUUUUACGGAAAUUAAAUUUCACUCGAGCGAAGGCUUGUCGUGACACUUUUCAAGACUUUAAUUUCAUACAACUUUGGAGGACAAUUUACAAAAAACUACGGAACUCAGCAAAAAACAAAUACCACAGCCAUGUAUAUUAACUCUAUGUUAUCUAUCGAGGCAACUUUCGUAAACAUCACGUGUCAAUCAAGGAAACAGGAAGACUUGAAUGACACCUUAUCGGUUCGCCUAAAUCAAACACGCCAAAACCGAUCAAAUUCAAGGUAAAUUUUUGAAAAAGUGAGGCGUUCUUAACUGAUCCAACUAACAUAUCUAGGAAGUAGGUGCCAUAGAAAAGAUAACUACAGAAAAAGACUUUGCAGCCCGACCUUUACGAGAACUUUAUAACUCCGUUAUUUUGCCAGUCGAAGAUUAACUCAGUCCACGGUUUUAAACAGCUCCUUUAUUGAAUCAUCGCUUGGAGUAGUCGCGUUCAAAAUCCAGUGGUGUCUCACAGUUCUUCUGACUAGCAAGUCGUAAUACAGUGAAUUCCGUUUAUGACGUCAUCACGUUAUGCGAUUAGUAAUAAUUAAUUGAAAAUUGUGGCCUUAAUUAGCUAGCGCAGUAGAUAACAUAUUAAACAAUACAUCCGUGAACUUACCUAAUUUUCGGCAAUCUCCAAGUUUGGCCGCCAUUUUGAGGGACUUGUCAACAUGAAGCGUAACCGAUAUAAAUCAAGCAGGUAAAUCUAAAACCGUCAGAAAUAUAUAAGAAAGCAAUUCAAAUGAACUUUACUUUCAAUUCAAGCGGCAAAAUUUGAAAUUUUUCGUGAAACUUACAAUCCUCAUGCGACCAUUUCUUUCAAAAAUUCAAACACUACAACUAGUGUUCGAAUUCCCCUCGCCGAUUCCACCGCAAGAAAUAACCUGUGCCACCCAAGCUUCGACUCGAACAUGAAGUACGAAUCAAGUAACAUAACUGCUUCAUCUUCGCGGCAAUAUCACGCUGGUAUUUUGAUUUUCCGAUCGACAAGAACGGUGAUCAGGAAUCGAUCGGUUUGUUUACCUGGUAAACGUGACCGCUGACCAGCCGCUAAGUGAAAACAGCAUAGCGCGGGGUGGGGUGGUUGGCGGGCUUAUCGUCAUAAGAUAUUCGAAUGCAUGCUCAAAAAGCUCUAGGACUAUCAGUCUAAACAGUGAAGGCAUGCUUUGUGGUACAGACAACUUUUAUUUUAUUCUCAUAACUUUCUCCUUAAAUACAUUUCGUUCCAAAUAGGACUAGCAUCAGUUCAUAGAUUUAAAAACAAAUCUUUACCACGUAAAUAAAUGUGUUUAGAUAAUCGAGAUAACCAUUGAACCUCUUGUAUCGCACCGGAAAUAACGUGUCUUGUCUUUGCCCAACUCUGAGAGCGUGGAGCGGCGAAGACGCGAGAUACGAGUCUCGCGUCUCGCGGAUUCACCAUGCUCACAGGAUACGCGUGACCUCACUAUCUUUAAGAAAAAUAAGAGACUACUCGAAGUCUGUAUUCCGUUCAACCAUUUUAUAAGAGUGACGCGAGUCUUUCAAUUGAGUGAGAAAGUCACAAACCCAUUCUUUACCUCACGAGCGUAACCACUGACCACUCACGAAUUACAGUAGGCUUCUCCUUUGACGCGGAAAUUGAAAUCGUAUCGAAUAUAAAAAGUUAUAAUGAGUUCCUUUAGAUCUCCCGAACUUGUAUCGCGUUGGAAACAAUUACAAGUACAGGAAGAAGUCGUUCACAAGCGAGACGUUUAUUAUGUCUCAGGACUGCUUUUUGAAUAGCAAAGAUGGAAAAAACUUUGGUUCAUCGUGUGGCUUAAGUGGUUUGGUACGACUGUCUGAAUGCUGAUCAUGAACUGAUCAGAACAAAGGUUUUACAAGGAGCCAUGAAAACUCAAAGUUAACGCACCCAACCUUCCUGAAGUGUAGAAAAGGGAUUUUUUUCAUCAUGAUUUGUUUUAGCUUUGCCUCUUGCUGGUUAAAUAGCAGGUGGAAAAGACGAAAAAAAUGAAAAAUCCUGAAUAAGCAAAAGUAAAUAGCUGCAACUCUGUACUUCCUUUCAUACUGGGUUUAAAGCUGCUCUAAACCUCAUCAUUUGAUAAGCUGCCACCUGUCUAAAGAGGUUUUUAAGGGAAAAUGAGCUAAUCUUGGCAAGGAUUGGCCUAUUUCACCUCGCUCAGGAGGAUAAACAAAAAAAUGUGGAUUUGCUGCAGGCAUCGCUACACUCUGGGGAAGUUUUGAAGAAGUGCAAAGGUAACACGUCAGUAUCCUGAUCAAGAUAGUGUCAGGAAGCGUAUCCAAGGCAGAGAUGUAUUUACCUUGCAUAUGUCUCAGGAUGUUCAAAAGCUGUUUGGAGUUUUAUUCCAGUUGAAUCAGGUGGUCUUCAGUAACAUUUUCUGUUAUCUAUUUUUGUCAAGUGACAUAUCUGCUCGAAAAGAGAAGAAAUUCUUUAUUAGAUGAAGGGUACUUAAGUACACAUCACGUUGAAAAAAAAUAGAUCUAUGUGUAAGUGCUUUUCAUCACAGAUGGAAAUAUGUACAAAGUUGCUCGGUUGAUAAUCAAUAAUGUUUUUGUAG